AUGACUAUUUUAAGGUUACUGAUAGUUUCGCUUUUAGUAAGCUAAAUAUUUGCAGGAUAAGGUGCUGAAGUUAUCUGUAAUGGUACUGGAUGCUCAAAUUGCCCAAUCCCUCCUACUAGUAAUGGUAUUUUGAGUUGGGAGACUGGUAAGAAGGAUCCAACAAAAUGUUUAAUUAGCAGUUGUCCUUUAUCAUACGCUCCAAUUAAUGGUACUACUGAUAUCUACUGUCAAUCUUGUCCUGGCAUUCCUUUCCGUGGUGUUCCAGCUAUCUUUGCUAACAGUGCAGGAGAUGCCUGCGUACCUUCAAGUGAAACUUGUGGUAUUGGAAGAACUGCUAAUACAUGGAACUAUUUAGAUUGCUAUAUGUGUAAUGGUAAAGAUGCUCCAUUAGCUAAAUCUGAUUAAUCUGUUUGCUUAGCAAAUCGCAUUCCUGGUGAUGAUGUUAGCUGCGCUGGUACUGGAUGCGCUAGUCCUGAAAAUUGUCCAACCCCUCCUACUAGCACUCCUGCUUUGAGUUGGAUGACUGGUACAGGUUCUGGAAAAUGUGCAAUUAGUAGUUGUCCUCCAUAUGGAACUCCAAUUAAUGGCGCUACUGAUCUCUACUGUCAGUCUUGUCCUGGUACUCCUAACGGUAAUAUUAAAGCUGUAUUUGCUAAUAAUUCAGGAAAUGCUUGUGUUGCUUCCACUAGAACUUGUGGAAAAAGUAGAACUGUUAACACAUGGACAAAUGCAGACUGCUUAGCUUGCAAUGGUACAAAUAAUAAGUAUGCUAAAUCAGAUAAAUCUGGUUGCUAAUCAACAGCUCCUUCUUCAUUUUCUUUUUAUAUUUAUUCAAACUCAAUGAUAAUUUUGAGCUCAAUUUUAUUUUUAAUUACAUUCCUAUUCUGA